UUUUCCAUGUGUCAAGGUAAGACCAUAAGGCAUGUGAACUGAAUCUGUUGUUUGCUUCCUUAAAUGUCAGGGACAAGGCAGGGUUUUGUGAGGAGGAACUGAGUGGUGUUCUGGGUAUCAGAACCUGGGAUUUCCUCCUCAGUAACAGGCAGUUCGUGGCAUCCUCUGUGGUCCUGUUGUUCACCUUCACCUUUGCUCCAGCACUCUCCAGGUGAUGUGCCAGGCUGAGAAGGGUGCAGCACUUGGAUCUUUCCCUCUUACCAAGUGUCUCCUCCUCUCCUCUGUGGUAGGCUGGUGCUGCUGCUGCCCAUCCAAACGGGGGAAAUGCAGAUCCAGGGAGGUGCUGUGCCAAAGCUUCCCAAGCUGAGCACCAGGGAAGCAGGGAUGGAGCAUAACUUCAGUUCUGCACCACGAGGCCCUGAUUUUGCUGAAUGUGCUGCUCUGCCCUCUGAAUCAGAGCAGCAUCCAGUUCCUGGUGCUGUAAGAAUCUGCUUGGAGGGAGCAGAGACUCUGUUGCAAUGGACCAAGAAUGAUUUGUUUCUAGUACAGAAACUAUGCUUUCAACUAUGCUUUUUCUGUAGUGAUGAGCAGUACCAGACACUUGCACAACUUCCCCUCUGGCAGAGAUGUAUUUGAUGUAAAUACAUGUGCUGAAGCUUCAGACACAAUAAACGUAUUUGAGGGUAACAGGCUGAGUAAUCUGGUGCUUGGCAGCUGCUCUGUUGUGGGGAUUUUUGCUUUACUGUUAGCAGUGCUUGUGACAUCCUUAAAUGAAAAAAGGAAGAGACAGUAACUGAACAACCUUAACAUUAAAACAGCUCCAUCUACAAAUGGUUUACCUGGGAGAAGGAAUCCUGCUGGAUCCUGUGUCUCCUGACAGAGUAUAUUAUAUUGCCUUUAGGAGUAGGGAUUGAAAUCCUCACAGUCCACUGUGGACGUUUUCAAGCCAUCUGUUUGAGAAAGUCUCUUUGUUGUGCCCUGCUGUCACCUAGGAAGAAGACAGAAGGGGAGUUUUGGUAGGUGACUGCUGAGAACAUGGAUUUCUUUUAAUGCAGCUGCUGCUAGCAAGAAGCUACAGUGUUUCAUGAACUGUUUUUAGGGGAAAGCAGUGUUUUGUUAACAAAAUUUUUGUCCUGAUGGGUUGUGGCGUUGGCCAAUCUCGCAGUUAGAGCCAAAAAAGUGCUUUUGAUCCAGGAGUGGAAACUCUGGGCAGAGGUAGAAACAUCAGUUUCAUUCUUUCCACCCACUGCUCCCCUCCCCAUCUCCUCAUUAUCAGACAAAACUAAUGAAUCCAGACACUUAAACAGAGACGAGGGAUGGACAGUGGGCAGUGUAGGCUGCAAAUUAAGUGGGGAAAUAACAAAAAGCAGGGAGUUCUUGUGCAAGAGGGUGGCUUAUUAUGGAUUAUGUGGGCUUCUUUAAUGCAAAUAGUUCUGAACAUAAACAUUUACUAUUUAAAAUUUAUAGUGGCUUAAUUGUGGAGGAAAUGCCUCUCUAAAUGCAGCCUAUCAAAUGGCUCCAAUGCUGGAGGGAAAAACACUGGGCAAGCAUGGCAGCUGGACCAGGCCUUUCAAGUGUUUGGUUACAAAACUGGGGGGUUUGUAUUUGCAAUGUGCCAGGCGUAGAUUUCAGCCUUAAAGGGUUGUGAGGCUUCUGGAAGCAGUGCUUGUUCACAUGCAAAGUCUCAAUAAUGUGGGGAAAACCAGCUGAAGGUGGCAGGACAGGUAGAAAGGUGUAAGGAAGGUGAACCUCUGGACAUGUGAGAAAGGGCUGCCUGUGACCUUUCUUCCUGCUGCUUAUGUGACUUAUAUCUGAUGGCACUUAGUCUGCAAGCAGCUUAUGGACACAUCUCUUGAGUGCAUGUAAAGAAACUGGAGCUGUCAAAAGUCUGUGCCUUUUGCACUAUGUACAGGUGCUGUGUCUGCUCAGGCUGAGCUGCCAAAGCACAGCUGUUCUGCUGUUUCCUCCAAAAGAAUCUCUCUGUCCCCAACUCCUGCACUGACAGCAAGGGAUGUCUGCAGUUCACUGUGUGUACUGUGAGCCUGGGAGCCUCAGGUGAAUGGCUGGGCUGCAGGGUGACCUGGCUGACACCCGAGCAGGUGACAAUCUCUCUUGUGGCACCAAGCAUGAUUCAGAUGCUAAACUGGAACCCAAGUUCAUCAGGUCGGUCUGGUAGGUAACAGCUGCCUGUAAACACUUGCUACAACGCAGUUUAAAGUUGCUUCUGGAAAAUAGCACUUCACCACUUGGCUGCAAGCAGAUAUUCUAGACCAGCAGGAAGCUGGAGAGGAGCAAAGGGGAGAGGUGUAAGGAAGGUCAGUGCUGCAGCUGCAAAGGGGGACAUGGGAAGGGACUCUGGCUGGAUUUCUCAGUGUUUAGCUGUGAUGCAGAGCUGUCACUUCAGUGUGGCAUGGUAAACCCGGGGCUCCAUCCUGCCUGGUGCGAGAAGAGCUUCACUUGCUGGGUUUCUGGCCUGUUCACCAGCUGCUCACUGUGAAUACACUACCAUGGCUUCUUUCAGGCCCCAUGGCCAACUUAACAACCCUUCUUAUGCCACAUAAUGCUGCUCACUCUGCAGCCCAGGGGUCAGUGUGUCUGUGUGGAAGAGUUCUACAGUGUUCAGGACGUGUGUUUGGAGUUAAUUCCUGUUGUACAACCAGCAUGCUGAAAAAAGGGCAAAUGGCUUACGUCCUUUUAACAUCUGUGGGUUCCAGUACCAGUAAAUGAACUGUUUGCAGCCAGAGUCCCCUUGUCCUGACUCGGGCUGUAAAGGCCACAGACUAUGAGUAAGCGUGGAAAGGAAAUGGACACAUCAGAGCAGGGUAAGGAGCAACUGUGCUGCUGGUGAUGCAGAGAUCUGGACUCAGCAGCAGCAAUGGUUUAACCUAUAUAGCUUCCUAAUGCUGCUGCUAUCCUCAGAAUAGCCAGGACAAAACUUCUGCAAGGUAGCUUUGGAAAAGGGACAAAAGAACUGUUUGAGAGUACUGGCCUAAGUGGGUUGACCAUAGGAAGCUGGACUAGCAGUUCCUCGUGCCGAGAACAUAGGUGUUGCAGGCAAAUGACUGCAGUCUGCCUCUGAGAAGCUGCUUUAAAGUGAGUCUUGUUUGUGCCUGGGCUUUAACAUGCAGUUGACAUUCGUAAGUUACCUUAUGCAGAGCUGGAAAGAGCCUAAUGACCUUUGAAACAUCCACUAAACUUCCUCUGUGAGGAAACCCAGCCUGAGUUCACUUGUUUCAUUUAGAGAAAUGCCUUUUCUCUGCAAUCAAAAUUGCUGCUUGUGACCUGCCUUUAAUGGGAGGGAAGAUCUCUGGCAGGAACUUCUGGAACUCCUUCUGAGGUACUUCCAUCAUUACAAAUACUUUGCAAAGUAAACUCUCUCCUGUUGCUUAGAAUUGUUUUCUGCCAGAUUAUGCAGCAUUGUAGUUAACAGGAUCUGGUUGGGUAUGUGGACAGUGGAAAUUUGUUAAAGUUGGUGUCUAGUAAGUGGCUUGGUUGAGGAUGGGUGGUGGUUGUUACUUCGGGUUUUAGUUUACUCAGAUGUGCUGCUCCGAGUAACCUCAGUGCUUUGUUUUGGACAACCAGACACUGGAGAGAUGGUGUAAGAAGGCAUGAUGCCUUCAGCAUGGCAAAAAUAGCUAGAAAACUUCAGCAGAAGCUGCCUGAAUCAUUCCACGGCGAGGAGUGAGAGCGAGCUGUGCUCACACAGACAAGCUGAUGCUCAGUCCUUGCAAGUCCUAACAGUGCCAUACAAGGACCUGGCUUCCAUGGGCAGGAGCCUUUCCUGUAGGUCUGAGGGUGGGCUGGCUUGUGCCAGCUGCCUCCUGUGGGGACGGCAGAGCCCUUGGUGCUGCUCAGGGGAUGGAUGGGGCUGUUUGCUCAGCAGGGCAGGCAUUGCCCUUGAAGUCCAGGCAAGUCAAGCGCUGCCAAACACCAAGUGACUUGUUCCCCCCAUCCCUGACACAUCUCGAGCACAGUGACUUGUCAGGGGCCUCUUACUCUGCUGGAAGAUUUUCCUUUUUGCUGUUUGCUGGGACGCGUGCCACCUUUCUUAAUUCUUCCUUGCCCAAGCUCUCGUGAUCUGUGACUGCAGUUUCACUUUCUGCGGCGGCCACGGAGCCCUGCCAGCAGCCAAACCUGCUGAGCCAAGCUGCUGCUGCUCCUCAGGAGGUGGGGGUGAGCAAGUUGCCCCUGUGGCAACCUUCUCCAUGUGGGGCAAGGCGGCCGUGAGGCUGCCAAAACCAUUGCUAUGCAACGAGGGUUGUCUGCCCAGUCCUGAUCUAAGCAAAGUUGCAACACUCCGAAACUCGCCCUGACCAUGUUGUUGGGGCAGUUGUUCCUGUCAUCUCUGCUGUAGCUGCUUGGUCUGUGCUAACACAGCACUGGAGAGCUCCAACAGCAGAGGCAAUACUGAGUGGUGCACAUCUUGACAAAGUCUCCUGGCAACCUUUUCUGCAGGGCUGAAUGACAGCAGAAGCUGCCAGGUAAAUUGAUGAGCCUAUAAAGAGGCGAAAUCAAGACACACAAUGGGUCAGAAGGUCACAGGUGGGAUAAAGACUGUGGAUAUGAGGGACCCUGUAUACAGGCCAUUGAAACAGGAGCUCCAAGGACUGGACUACAGCAAACCCACCCGGCUGGACCUGCUGCUGGACAUGCCUCCGGUGUCCUACGAAGUGCAGCUGCUGCACUCGUGGAACAACGACGAUCGCUCGCUGAACGUGUUUGUGAAAGAGGACGACAAACUGAUAUUUCACCGGCAUCCGGUGGCCCAGAGCACAGAUGCCAUCAGGGGCAAGGUGGGGUACACGCGGGGACUGCACGUGUGGCAGAUCACGUGGGCCAUGCGCCAGCGGGGCACCCACGCCGUGGUCGGGGUGGCCACGGCAGAGGCCCCCCUGCACUCCGUGGGGUACACGACGCUCGUGGGGAACAACCACGAGUCCUGGGGCUGGGACCUCGGGCGCAACAGACUCUACCACGACGGCAAGAACCAGCCCAGCAAAACCUACCCUGCCUUCCUAGAACCGGACGAGACUUUCAUCGUGCCCGACUCCUUCCUGGUGGUUCUGGACAUGGAUGACGGGACACUGAGCUUCAUUGUGGAUGGGCAGUACAUGGGGGUUGCCUUUCGAGGACUCAAAGGGAAAAAACUGUACCCGGUGGUGAGCGCAGUGUGGGGCCACUGUGAAAUACGGAUGUGCUACUUGAACGGACUUGACCCUGAACCACUGCCUCUGAUGGACUUGUGCCGGCGAGCCGUGAGGCUUGCCCUGGGCAAGGACAGACUGACUGAGAUCCCCACCCUGCCCCUGCCAGCCUCCCUCAAGAGUUACCUGCUCUACCAAUGACCCUCGUGCUCCAGGACAGAGGUGGAACCAAGGCAAUGGAUCGGAGCCGACCCGCGGAGCACUGGGCUCUCCGCCCUCGUGUCAUCCCCGCUGUUGGAGCUCCUCGGCCAAAGCAUUCCUGCCACUGCUUCAGCCUCCAUGUGCCCUCACUGGCGAGCUCUCAAGUAAUCCUUGUUUCACAACUGAGUGCUUUGUUCCUUGGAAGUCACUUCCCCAGCACACUUACAAAAGGAACAUUUACAGAGGCUCUGUGCUUCCCUGCUCCUCCUGAGAAAAGGCUGUGCUGCAUCCUUGGGGUUCGAGGGCCUCGGAGUGAAUGAUUUUUCUGUACCAGCUAAAGGGAAGGAUGAUAAUAAAAGAAUAAAAACAUAAUCUGGGGAAAGAGGAAGCAUUAGGAAUAGGAAUGUUAAGACCAGGUCCUAAGAAUGGAAAGGCUCGGGAUAGCCAGCAGAGUUGGAAAGAGUCUACAAUGCCACAAAGAAUUAAUUGAUGAGCUUUUAAAAGCCAAAAAAUAAAAAGUACAACCCCAAGCCCUGGAACACGAAAACCAAGAGCCCUUCCAGCAGGACACUUCUUGAUUUGGAGAAGGUGGUUAUGUUGCUGAUGUCUGUAUCUGUGCUGGGACUUCUCACCUUGCUCUAUUGCUGUUUCACGGGUUGUGACUCCUGCUUUCUUGUUUAGCACCAUUGCUUCUCCUGCUCCAUUCUCUGCUCUGCCUCCUCCUGACUCAGUCAAUUUUGCAGUCAGGCUGUGUCUCCACAUGCCUCCUUCCCAACUGAAACCUGCAGCUUUAGGUCUGGGAUUCCUGGCUGAUGUGGGAACAGGGAAGGACAAACUUGUGCAAUAGGGUGAGCCCAUCUGCAUGAGCUUUGUCACACAGCUGCAGGUCCUGUCCCCUGAGCUCUGCCCCUGUUCCAUGCUGGGGCUUUAGAGAAACAUUCAUGUUUCUCUAAUGGCACUGCUAGGGAAUUCUCUUCUUGGAUAAGCUGCUUAAAUUCAUCCAGACCAGGCUUUGUGCUGUCAUAGACCAGCUUAAUCUCCACUUAGCUCUGCAGCAGGAAUGGUUCUCUGUGCCCUGCUGCAGGUGGGAGUUUGUCCCAGAGCAGUGGCCACGGUGUGGCUGCAGAAAUGCCUUCAGCAGGCAGGUGAGCAGCCCAGGAGGGGAUUGCUGCAGGGUGGAACUUGGGAGGAUUUAGCAGAGAGUGGGGGUGAUCUUCAGGCACAGCAAGAAGAAACUGAACCUCUCCAGAGCUGGGGAGCAGGAGAGAACUGCAAUAAACAGGACAAGCAAUUCAGGCAAAAUCAGCACAUCCCAAAUAGAUCCUCAGUAGCCAAGUAAAGAGGAUGACACUCCUUUAUUAGCAGGAGCUGCUCUCUUGACCUCUCCACAGGUUACUAUGCUGCCUUUCUGGGGUUAUUUUGCACAUUUCUUUGUGUUUUUUUCUUGAAAAAUGUUUGUGUGAUUGUUUUGGUUUUGUUUUUUUUUUUUUUUUUUUUUGCUUUUGAGUUACCCCUUCAGUUUUGUGUAGGUACAAAUGAGUUUAGUUGUUGAAAAUGUUAAUAUAUAUAUUUGUGGUGUAUGUAUAAGAACAUGUUUUAAACAGCUGCUGUAGGGUACCUUUUUGAAAAUAAACUACUUGCAUAGUAUAUUUUUUAAAGCACAGAGUUGGUGCCAAGACUGGGUGGGGUGUGAUGUGCCCCUUUUUUAUUCUAAUAUUAUAUGACUUUUUUUCAAUGUAGGGGUUUGUACUAGUUUCUGUUGCAGGGUGGGACACAAAAUUCAGUGUGUGUGGAGCCCUACUUGGUUGCCUUCAACUUGAACCAGUGUCUUCCAGAACUCCAGGGAGGUAGCUGUGUUCUCCCUACUCCUAAUGCUCCUUGUGCUCCCUUGUUACCAUCUCUCCUCACUUCACCAGGACAUUACUUUGUACAGUUUAAAAUUCUUUCUAUUUUAUGACUGUAGAUAAUACUCAGUAACCUAAUAAACUUUAUUAAAUAUUA